CAUGGCAUGUUGGGGAACCCUGUUAGCACAUCCGUCAGUGCGUGGACGGAUAUGUUCCGUCUCGCCUACAACGCCUGGAUAUGAUGUAGCAUUGACUGAAUUGACCAUCAAACACCCCCAAAAUCAAACUUCUUGGUUGUCACUGCGCGCCAGUGUUUGACAUUGAUCUGCGUCAUCUCCAUCUCAUCUGCCACCAAACACACAAAAGUGUCAAGGUCAGGCAUGUGCCGCACUCAGUGUCACCCAAAUCAACUGUUUGAUACUGAUGCCCUCGUAUCUUUGCACUAUUCUCGGAAAGUAUACACGAUUGGCCAAGUACAUGUACUAAAAAAGUCAAUUUUACAUCUGAUCUGUCAAAGGCAUGUGAUUGCGACGUGCAGUCUCCUUCCAAGCACUUGAGGUUGAUCCACCCAGAUGUCAAUUUCAAUUGCUCACAUGUUCAGUCAACGGAAGAAUCAUUGACCGCGUAACCGAUUGAGGACGAUCAAACAGCUAGUCAUGUUCGAUGUCUUAUAUUUUCUUUACAUAUUCGAAAUCAUGCGCACAAUCAGUUCCGGUACUAUUUCGGUCACGUGACUUCGCGAAAUCUGCUGGAUCGCCUCCAGACUCCCGCAGAGCUUCACUGUCACCACGCGUCUGAAAUGCCGCCCACCCUCAAUGUCCCGCCUUCAGCAUGCCAGCCGACAACUCGAUAACAUUGUCCGCCACUCCAGUCUCAACGCCGUCGUAGCAACUCCAAAUCGCGCGUCCAUUCUCGCUGCCGCCGAAUCAGCAGACAAUGCAUCAUCAGGCCAUGAUGUAGACAGCCGCAGCCCUCGCGGUCGAGUAAUCCUCGUCAAAGACAACAUCUGCACCACCGAGUUCCCAACCACAGCUGCAUCGUCAAUUCUAAAAAGCUUCAAAAGCCCCUAUGACGCUACAGUUGUCAAAUUGCUGCAAGAUGCUGGAGCUCUCAUCGCGGGAAAGACCAACAUGGACGAGUUUGGCAUGGGCUCGCACAACAUGCAUUCGUACCACGGCGCCACCAAGAUGAGCAGAGUAGCCGGAGAAGAAAGGAGUGCAGGUGGAAGCUCUGGUGGCAGUGCGCUGGCCGUCGCAAUGGAUCAAUGUUGGGCAGCACUAGGCACGGAUACAGGCGGUUCUGUCAGACUUCCCGCUGCAUAUACCGGUACUGUAGGCUUUAAACCCAGCUAUGGGUUGCUGAGCAGAUGGGGAGUCAUCGCGUAUGCCAAUUCACUCGACACAGUGGGCAUUUUGGGGAACAGUGUGGAUAGCGUCGAGGGUACCUUUGAUGCAAUCAACGCAUAUGAUCCACAAGACCCCACGUCUCUACCUCUCUCAACUCGCUCCCGCCUCGGUCAACGCAAGACCUCGUCUUCUUCACUGAAGAUCGGUAUCCCCUUGGAAUACAACAUUUCUACUCUGAGUCCUGCUGUCCGCGAAGCAUGGAAACGAUCCAUGCGGCAACUUCAAGAGCGUGGGCAUAGUCUCCACACCGUUCGUCUGCCUGCGACUCAACACGCGCUGUCAGCGUACUAUGUGCUUGCCCCAGCCGAAGCAUCUAGCAAUCUUGCCAGAUACGACGGUGUCAGAUACGGCAGUAGGGCUGAGGGAAUAGACGGUACACCCGAAAGUGUCUUGUAUGCAAAGACGAGAGGUGAGGGGUUUGGAUCUGAGGUGCAACGCAGAAUCUUGCUUGGUGCUUUCACGCUCAGUGCGCAGGCGAUUGACAACUACUUCAUCCAAGCACAGAAAGUAAGGAGGCUGGUUCAACAGGACUUUGAUCGCGUUCUCCGAGUACCCAAUACACUUGUCGAAAGCUCCACAGAGAUCAAAGAUGAAGGUGUCGAUGUUCUAUUGUGUCCGACAGCCCCGACGCUUGCGCCUCAGCUGUCCGAGCUGCAGAAUCAAGAUCCUUUGCAGGCGUAUGUGAACGAUGUUUUCACAGUGCCCGCGAGUUUGGCUGGACUCCCCGCUAUCAGUGUCCCGGUCGACGUGGCUGAACAGAGUAGACAGCCUGAACUGAAAGCACAAGGCAUCCAAGAGAGUGCGGGUAUGCAAAUCAUCGGGCAAUACGGCGACGACAAAGCUGUCCUUGACGUUGCAAGAGAGUUGAUGGAAGCGACGCGUGUGUAA